ACAGUCGUGUUGCAGCUGUGAUCUGAGAGCCCUGGGUUGUGUCAUCAUCUCUUAAGGUUUUUCACCAAAACAAAUUUUGGUUGAGUCCACCAUGGGCUUGAACACUGAGAAGAGAUUUGAAUCUCACUCUCCAGGUUCUCAUGGAGAAAACGUCACUUUGGCUGUGUUCUACACCAUUGUUUUCCUCCUCUCAGUGCCUGCCAAUGCCAUGGCACUGUGGGUGUUCUGCCGUCCAAAGAAUGGAACGUCUGUGGCCAGAGUGUACCUUACUCACCUGGCAAUGGCUGAUAUGUGUUAUGUUCUGCUCAUGCCCAUGCGUGUGGUCUAUCAUGCCUCUGCGGGGGACUGGAUCCUUGGGGAGGUGGCCUGUCGUCUGUCCGGCUUCCUUUUCUACCUUAACCUUUACUGCAGCCUCUACUUCAUGACCUGUAUCAGCUUCGAUCGCUUCUUGGCAGUGGUGUUUCCCAUCAGAUCUCUGUCCUGGCGGAAGACGGCCUAUGCCAAGGUGGUGUGUGCCAUUCUCUGGGUGACGGUGACGGUGUCUAUGGCCCCGGUGCUGUUCUCAAAGCAAACCAUAGCCAGCCAGCUUGACCGGAACAAUGUGACCGUGUGCCAGCAGCUCUAUCUGGAGAGUCCUUCCCCGCGAGCGCUGUUCUCCACCGCCGUGGCCUUCACAGUUCCCCUUGUCGUGCUCAGCUUGUCUUACAUCCUCAUUUUAUUCAAGCUCAGGUCCGCAAAGCAGCAAACACAAUCACCAGUGCACUUGAAAGCUAAGAGAAUGGUUGUUCUCACUUUGGUCAACUUCCUAGUGGCCUUUCUUCCGUACCACGUACAUCGCUUCAUUUACAUUGUGCGUUACAAUCAGGAGGAUUUAAGUGAUGUGGAAGUUACCUCAUUAACCCUUGGGAACCGAGUGACAUCAGCUUUGACUUGUGUCAAUGGGGUCAUUGAUCCCCUUAUGUACUUUUUCCUGACUGAGACUUACCAGAGGACACUGUUAAAGUUGCUGGGGCGGAGUAAAAGUCCUAGGGCUGAUCAGUACACUAGCCCAGGGGUUGAUAUGUCUUCAGCUUUUUAACUUCAGUCUUUUGGAGGUGGAAUCCAGGUGAAUGCCGAUAUUGUAUUUGUACUCUUCAGUGUGUAUGUGCAUUGUCUUUCCUGGUACAGCAAUGCAGAGUUGAUACAUUAGUAAGAAAGAAAUAGCAUCAUUGAGAAAAAAAGUUCAAUGAAAAGGCACAUCAGAGCUUGUUGAAUCGGAAACCUGUGGGAUUAGAUUAGAUUAGAUUCAACUUCAUUGUCAUUGUGCAGAUUACAAGUACAAAGCCAGCGAAAUUACAUCUAGAUUAGACCUGUCACAUUGUGGAUCAAAACAUGAUGAUUUUUAUUUAAAAGUGCAGUCAGCGUUUGUGCAUAUCACAUUUGUUCAUGUUACAUUUCUUAGCAGACGCCUUUGUCCGAAACAAAGUACAAGAUAUUUUAAUCAAGGACCAAACAAAACACACCAGAGAGGUAGCUCACCCCUCCCUUCAGCAUUCCCAGAGAAACUCACAGAAAUUCUUGUGCUGCCUACAGAGACGUUGUUCUGGGCAGUUAUGUUCGCUGAAUGUGAUAAAAAUAUGUUUUAGGCUUGAAAUUGUGUAUGAUUGUACGAUUACCAGAAGUUGUGACAGAAUGCACAAAUUUCCACAAUAAAGGAGUUUUUAGGACCAA